AUGCCUCCUGCACAGGUCAUGACUUACGCCAUCGCUGGAUGCUCGGAACACAGCGGGAACUACAUUCCGGAAAACAUACUGGUGGACGUGCCUCAGGACCCAUCAAGUAGAUGGAGCGGCGCGCAGCAAUUACCCACAGCGAAGCAAUGGAUUCUGUUGAAGUUAGAAACCCUCAGUGUUGUCAAACAUCCAUGCAACAUGAGGGAGUUUAGGGUCUACGUAGGCCUGAAUCCACACCAUAUGGUGCAGGCGCUACAUACUCAACUCAAGGACGAUACCAUAUAUGAAACAUUUCCCUUGAAGCAUGUGAAUAGCGAGGGCAUGUGCUUUCCGACGCAGUUCAUCAAGAUCGUACCUGUUUCAGCCCAUGGGCUGAGCUUCCACAUCUCGAUCUGGUAUGUCUCUGUUUCAGGCAUCACCGAUCCUUCAUACGUCGACAAUAUCCGCUCGCGAUACGAGGAGUACCGAGAAACGGUGGUGCUCCGCCACGUGCUCAAGCAUCUGAGGCAGCGGAGGUUGCUAACACCAUAUCAAAACAUAUUGACGCGCUCGAACAUCCAGGUAGAACAUCCGGUUGUGACAGCCCUGCACUCGAGCUUUGUUCUCCAAGGGAAUUGGACUGAUUCCGAGGCACUCCUCUCCGAAGCGUCUUCAGCUGGCCUUUUUGACGCUUAUAUCCAAUACUGUCAACCACACUCCCAAUGGAAACGUCUUCACGGCGUAGACGCGGACGGUGAUGCACCGAGCAAACGCGGUGGUCACGCAAUGGCACUCGAUUCUGAAAAUGGUCUAAUCUACCUUCUCGGAGGCUGGGAUGGGCAGAAAAGCCUGGACGAUUUCUGGGUGUACGACGUGAAUGCUGAGCGAUGGCGUGUGAUAAGUCACAGUACUUCUCUCGAGAAGAAUGGGCCUGUCGCUAGGUCGUGUCACAAAAUGGUUUAUGACACGAAGUCGAGCUGCAUCUAUCUCCUGGGUCGACUUGGCGAUGGGGAUAUCCUCAAACCGGAUGACCAUCAAGAGCUGUUAAGGAGAGCGGGUGAGAUACCGGAUGGGUCUAGGCCUACUCCGUACUGCUCGGAGUUUUACCGCUAUCAUACGCGACGACUGGAUGGUGGGAAAUGGGAUCUGUUGACUUUUGAUACAGCGUCUUGUGGUGGCCCACCACUCAUAUUCGACCACCAAAUGGUGAUGGACUGCGAGGCGCAAAUAUUGUAUGUUUUCGGGGGACGAGUGGUUGAUGGUGAUUGGGAUUCCCCAAAGUACUCUGGUCUGUACAGCUACAACGUCCGCACGAGUAAAUGGAAACUCCUACAACCUCAGUCCAUAUUGUCAAUGACAUCAACGGUAGGACAUUCGAUGGUUCUCGACCAAAUGACGCACACCCUUUUUAUUUUUGCUGGGCAGCGCGAGGAUAAGUUUCUGUCCGAUAUGUACGCCUACGACAUCGCAACCAAUACCGUAACGGAAUUGUUCAGCAAUUUCAGCGCAAGUGGAGGUCCGGACGCAUGUUUCACUCAACGAGCGAUCAUCGACGGACGGUUGAAGGAGAUUUAUGUAUUCUGUGGAUUGACUCGCUCGCAGCCCACUUGUGCGCUUACUAGCUUACGCGCCGACACGCCAAAUUGGAUAUAUCAGUACACGCAUCCUUCCAGGCCUGGAAAGUGGACAAAAAUAUUGCCCGAAACGAUACAAGAGGGAGGAGAACCUGUGGAAGUCCCCCUUCCGCGAUAUGCACAUCAAGUGGUAUAUGAUGAGGGAACGAAACAUGUGUUUAUGCAUGGUGGAAAUGCGGGGGAGGUGAGUGCACUCGCGGAGGAGAUUGAGACGGAGGGAGAGGGAAGUGGUGAUGAGGAUCGUCCGAGGAAGGUAUUGAAGGAGACGAGGCUGGAUGAUUUUUGGACUAUGAAGCUAUUGAGAGCUGCACCUGAAGAAAUUAUCAGGCGAGCAAAGUACCAAAUCCGACAACAACAAUUCCGAGAGAUGUGCGAAGAACAACCUCCUGUGAAGGCGCUGCGUUUUCUACAGACAGAAGUGUCUGCUGUGGUGGAUCACUCAAACCCUGAGGAGACGAGCAUUUUCAGGGCACUCCUGGGACAUCUCUUUUCGACUCCAAUUACCACAGAUGAUGGCUCCACCGAGUCUGCAAGCACACCCAAAGGGACCACUACAUAUCUCCUCGAAGAACCACCCAAAAAGCGUCCGCGCUCAAACACGCCUGAUGAGGCCUGGACGAGUCGAUUGGACGAUGAAGAUGACGAUGAGAUACCCGAUGCGAGCACUUCAGCUACUAUCACCUCCAGUGGACAGAAGCGGCGGCACGCGGUGCUUUCUCUGGAAGAGGAUCCUGAGGAGACUGCAUUACGUGACGCUCCGACGAAGCCGCUGUCUCUUGAGCGGUUCAGGCAGCGCACGGAGGUGUUUGAGAGUUUGUUGCAGUUUGUUGGUGAAGAUGGGAAGCAGCCGAUGGGGUCACUUUUGGAUAUGGUUGAUGCGGAGGAUGGGAUAUGAGGGGGCUAGGUUUGGGUGUGUGAUGGCGCUUUUUUGUUUUGUUAUUGUGUUUUGAAUUUGUUUUUCUUGUUGGCACGAGUAGGUAGUUUUGUCCGCCUCCGCUUAGCAUGUAUCAAGAUUGUUUGAAAGGACCUUCCUGAUACAUCGAGGCAAGCACUGAAAUUAAACCUCAGGUCUAAGUGCUCAGGCAGACCAAACAUAAUUAAUUAUUCGACUGGAAGGCAUUCGUCACCACUCUUCGGAGAGCACGUCCUCAG